UCUAAGUGAACCCGCGCCGACACUAGCCGCGACAGCCCCCAUCUUUGUAUUUUACCACAUGGGCGAAACGACUGAGUCCUUCCUUUUGUCAUAACCGUCGUGGACAGUCUGUUUGGUAGCGUUUGUUGUCAAGGGCCAAAGGAAACCACUAGUCAUCUAUCACGGACACACACGUCUGCUUCCCGGUCGUUUAAUCCCUGGCAAACCGUAUGUCUGUGCUGGUGUUUGCUGCUAAUGGUUCUAGUCCCAGCUCCCAAGUCAUCCAUCACUGUUCCGAGUAGGUUAUGUGACCGUGAAUAGUCUCGUUGUCCAACCUCAAAGGGAACCCCCCAAUCUACGUACAGUGAAUCAUCGCCGCCCAAAUGUAAAACAAAGAAAUUGCAAGCAUAAAAGCCAAAAUUCUCCCUCCCUCUAGACUCCACCCAGCAUCAGUCAAACUACCCUAUUCACCGUGAACAUGACUUCCGAGCACGAGGACUACCGCGAGGAUUACCACGAGCUCAUCAACGACGGCGGUCGCGGCUAUGUGGACAUCUCACUUGUUCCCCGUCCUUCUCCGCGCUGGGAUGAGGAGCUCGAGAUUUGGAAAACAACUCGACGCCCCAUACGUGGUAGAUAUUAUCGGCUUUUCCAGGAACAAUUGUUCAGGUGGUACAGUUUCCGAAAAUGGCAACGCGAUCAACGGGGGGACGAGGACGACGACAGCCGCUUCCUGGAACAUGCAAAGAGCAUGCAGCAUCGUCUGGCCGAGCACGGCUUCACCCGAUCCUUCCAGCUCAGCAGAAACCCCAGGAAACAAGACCGGCUGACGACAUGGAUCGAAUACAUCGGCUAUGAGUGCUGGACGGCCGACAACCAUGCGAAGAAAGUCAAAGACGAGGAGGCAGCCUACGAGCAAUACUUUCAAGACAAGCUGCGAAGCACGGAUAUAGUAGACCAUUCCGUCACCAAGGAAUCCCUCCGGCUUCCUGGAGCCCUCGCCAAGUACAAGGCUGAAUACAUAGACGCUAUGCAAACCCUGGCAUUGGUGGGGAGGGAGAUGGGCAGAGGCAAGGUGUCCACCGCUGAUAAUGAGAGAAGUUUGACAGCGCUUGGGAAUUAUGAAGAGAGGCGCGAUCUGGUCUUCAAGAUUGAGAGGUUUCUCCGGGAAACGGACUCAUACCAUUUCGCGACGGUGCUCGCUGCCCGCAAUCUCAAAAUCGUGGAGUGGGCUAUAAAGGAGGUUCCCAAGGUAGAGGCGGAGAUGGUAGUCCUUUCUGGCAGAGCACGGAAUGCGAGAAGGGAUAGGGAUACCUCGAAUAUCGAUCAAGGUUCAAUUAGAUAG